AGCAGCAGAGUGAGACCUCUCCCUCUCCGUGUCUCCGCCCUGCUCGGUGCAGCUUCCUCAGGUGUUUUCAGACUGGGACGGCACGGUCCGUGUGCAGCAGGCCUCACCUCCGCGGAACAUAUCAUGGGAAUACAAGUCAUAACUGCCCCCUGAGUUUAAGAACAAUCUGAUAUAGCCCGUUCAGCUAUGAGGAGGACCGAGUACCGGACACAGGAGAGGAUCUUUGCUGGAUGUUUCUGACACACCGCGGAUUACUUCAAUUUGAAGCCAGCGCAGGUGUGGCUGCUGUCGCACCCGAGGCCGGCUGCUCAGGCUGCGGGGAUUUGGCUGCUUUUAUAUUUAUUUAAAGUUUUGGUGCAUUAGGACACAGUUUGUGUCGUUGAGGGCUCGCGAUGCCGGAGCUGAUUACUGUGAAUGAGUUUGUUGCGGAGACUAAUGAGGACUACAAAGCUCCAACAACGUCCAGCUUCACCACUCGGAUGUCCCACUGCAGGAACACAGUGGCGGCUCUGGAGGAGGCUCUAGACGUGGACCGAUCCGUUCUGCACAAGAUCAAGAAGUCGGUGAAGGCCAUCCACUCAUCAGGUCUGGCACACGUGGACAACGAGGAGCAGUUCAUCCAGUCCCUGGAGAAGUUCGGAGACUGCGUCUGCAGAGACGACCCCGAGGUCGGCUCGGCCUUCCGCAAUUUCUCCGUGUUCACCAGAGAGCUGACGGCGCUCUUCAAAAACCUGUUGCAGAACAUGAACAACAUCAUCACGUUUCCUCUGGACAGCCUGCUGAAGGGAGACCUGAAGGGAGUCAAAGGGGAUCUAAAGAAGCCGUUUGACAAAUCCUGGAAGGAUUAUGAGACCAAAGUAGCGAAGAUCGAGAAGGAGAAGAGAGAACACGCCAAGCAGCACGGGAUGAUUCGCACAGAGUUCAGCGGCGGAGAGAUCGCCGAGGAGAUGGAGAAGGAGAGACAACUCUUCCAGCUGCAGAUGUGUGAGUAUCUCCUCAAAGUGAAUGAGAUCAAAGUGAAGAAAGGCGUCGACUUCCUGCAGAACCUCAUCAAGUAUUUCCACGCUCAGUGCAAUUUUUUCCAGGAUGGACUGAAAGCCAUCGAGAAUCUGAAACCGUCUGUAGAGAAGCUGACGACAGAGCUGACGACGAUUAAGCAGACUCAGGAUGGCGAGAGGAAACAGCUGACUCAGCUCCGAGAUGUCCUGAAGGCGUCUCUGCAGUCCGAGCAAAAAGAGGAUGCUCAGAACAAACAGAGUGCCGGUUACAGCCUCCAUCAACUGCAGGGCAACAAGGCGCACGGCACUGAGCGCUCCGGAUUCCUCUACAAGAAAAGUGAGGGACUGAGGAAGGUUUGGCAGAAGAGGAAGUGCUCGGUGAAGAACGGUUUCCUGACCAUCUCCCACGGCACGUGCUUAAUUUCUAAAGUGGGAGGUCCCGGAGUGCAGAGGGGGGGUGGAUCCGGCGACUCAAAAUGGGGGUUGGAGGCCAACAGACCUCCAGCCAAACUGAACCUGCUCACCUGCCAGGUGAAGAGGAAUCCGGAGGAGAAGAAGAGCUUCGACCUGUUCUCACACGACAGGACGUAUCACUUCCAGGCCGAGGACGAAGCCGAGUGUCAGGUCUGGGUGUCCGUGCUGCAGAACAGCAAAGAGGAGGCUCUGAAUGCUGCGUUUAAAGGCGAUCAGGACGAGGGAGAGAACAACAUCGUGCAGGAGCUGACCAGAGCCAUCGUCGAGGAGGUGAAGAGGAUGAGCGGCAACGACAGCUGCUGCGACUGUGGAGCCUCCGGUCCCACGUGGCUGUCCACCAACCUCGGGGUGCUGAUCUGCAUCGAGUGUUCGGGGAUCCACCGCGAGAUGGGGGUCCACUACUCCCGGAUCCAGAGUCUGGACCUGGAUGUCCUGGGAACCUCCGAGCUGCUGUUGGCGAAGAACGUGGGAAACGCCAGCUUCAACGAGAUCAUGGAGGCGGAGCUCUCGGCGCAGGACGUCACCAAACCGGACCCGAGCAGCGACAUGCAGACAAGGAAGGAUUACAUCACCGCCAAGUACACCGAGAAGCGUUGGGUUAGGCGUGUGUGCGGCGACGCGGCGACCAGAAUGAAGUGUCUGUGUGACGCGGUGAUGAACCGGGACAUCGAGGCCCUGAUCCAGGUCACCGCUGAGGGGGCGGACCUGCGGGACACAAUCCCCAUCCCCAACCAACACGAACCUGAAGAGACGGUGCUCCACCUGGCGGUCCGAAUGGUCGACAGAAACUCGCUCCACAUCGUGGACUUCCUCGCCCAAAAUAGUGGGAACCUGGACAAGCAGACAGCCAGAGGAAGUACAGCGCUGCAUUACUGCUGUCUGACUGAUAACAGCGAGUGUCUGAAGCUGCUGCUGAGAGGGAAAGCUUCCAUCUCCAUCACAAACAACGCCGGAGAGACGCCGCUGGACCUCGCCAAACGCCUCCGCCACACUCAGUGUGAAGAGCAGCUGAUUCAGGCUCAGACGGGAAAGUUUAACGUGCACGUUCACGUGGAGUACGAGUGGCGUCUCCAGAAUGACGACAUGGACGAGAGCGAUGACGAGAUGGAGGACAAGCCGAUCCCGAUCCCGACUCGGCGCGACGAGCGUCCGGUGAGCUGCUUCGUGCCGGGCCUCGGUGGUCCCGUGCCGGGCCUCGGUGGUCCCGUGCAGCCCAACCUGGCGGCGCUGGCCCGGGACGCCGCCUCUCUGGCGCGGGACAAACAGCGCCCGCCGGCGCCGAGCAUGAUGAUCAGCAACGAGACGUAUGGCACCACGAUGGACCUCAUCCUGCCACCACCGGGACCACUGCCGCCACUGCCGCCCAGAGGGCCCAACAGAGGACCCGGUAAAGCUGCUGUCAUGGAAACGGUAGGAAGACAGCGGUCGUCCUCCGACCCCCCCAACCCUCAAGCCCCCGACAGGGUCUCCUCCAUGUACGUGCUCCCAGUAGCCCCCCCCUCCCCCCACCAGGACCACCCCCCCCCCCACGGCCCCCAGGACCCCCCACCCCAGCCCGUCCCCCCACCCCCUCUUCAGAGCUCCACCUGUCCCCCCACUAGUCCCUCUUCACCAGACCACCAAACCAGCAGCACCAGCAGGACCCAAGUCCCCAAAUCUCCCACAGGAUCAGGUCCUCCACAGAGACCUCCGGGCAGGACCGCAUCCAUGGGCAAACAAGGGAGUCGGCCCAAAUCCCCACACGGUGCAGCUCCUCCUCCGACCCCCAAACCCAGGAGCGCCUUCUCCAAGCAGAAGCCUCAGAGAGUGAAAGCCAUCUACAACUGUUCGGCCGAUAAUCCCGACGAGCUGACGUUCACGGAGGGCGAGGUCAUCGUGGUGGAGCGCGAGGAGGACAGCGAGUGGUGGGUCGGUCACGUUGAAGCAGACCCGACCCGGAGAGGAGCGUUCCCGGUCACCUUCGUUCACUUCAUCACCGAGUGACCGAGACGCCAACGCCGGCGAGACGCCACCGAGACGCCGGCGAGACGAGACGCCGCCGAGACGCCGGCGAGACGCUGCUGUGUUCGGCCGUUUCCUCUGCAGCUCUGCAGGACUCCAUCUUUACAAACUGCUCAAACUUUCAGAACUUCAUCUCAUGUUUUCUGUGAAUGAGAGUUUUCAGUUCAUCGUUCUUUAACCAACAUAAAUGAUAUCAUACUCCGUGUGUGUGUCUGCGUGUGUGUGUGUGUGUGUGUUCAUGCAUGUCUGUGUGCGUGCACGUGUGUCUG